AUGGACAUCGAUCCUCAAUUACACCCAGACGGGGACCAACGGCCUGUGUACAUGCCGACCCGACCGACCCUCACAAACCCGGAAUACCCGGAGCCACCGUCCCACACCAUUCACCCGUAUCAAAGCCGGGACUCCGGAGAGACGGCGCCGGCGCAAACGCAAGCGCAACCCCUCAUGGGCCCGGCGCAUGGCAACCCGUCCCCCGAUCCCGACAGCCACGACGCCAAACGAUCACGCGCGUGCGAGCCCUGUCGCCAACUGAAAGUCCGCUGUGACCCGGACCCCGACCACCCAGAAGGCUCAUGUAAGCGAUGCGCCAAGGCGCGACGUACAUGCAUAGUCACGGCGCCCACGCGCAAGCGCCAGAAAAAGACCGAUAGCCGAGUUGCGGAGCUGGAGCGCAAGAUCGAUGCCUUGACGGCUACGCUGCAGGGAAAUUAUACUGGUGAAUUGAUUCCUGGCAGUCAGGGUCAGCCGUCGCCGCGUGCUGAGCCUGCUGGUCGGAGAUGGACUGGGGAGUCUAAAAUCGCUGGGAGUAAGCGGCAGGCUACUGGUGAGAUUAAGGCAGCGGGUGGAUUGUUAGCGCCGCGAUAUUCGCGCCCUGGCAGUCCAUCUGCGGAACAAAUUCCUCCAGCGUCGAGGCAAUGGCGGAAGGCUGGUGCUGGUGAGCCUGCGCUGCUGGCGAAGCCAGAGGCCAGCAAUGAGUUUGCCGACAUGAUAGAUCGAGGUCUUAUAAAAUACGAAACUGCCGAACUAGCCUUUCAGCGGUACAUCUACCAGAUGUCGCCGGAGCUGCCAUUCGUUGUUUUCCCGCCGGGGACAACUAUGGGCGAGGUCCGGCGCAAUAAGCCUUUCUUGUUCCUGGCCAUCAUCGCUGUUUCAAUUGGCGUCUUCAAUCCUGAGGCACAGCCAAUUCUAAUCAAUGAGGUCUACCGAACAAUCGCCGAGCAUGUCAUUGUCAAAGGGCAAAAGUCACUCGAGCUUGUUCAGACUAUCAUGGUCUCUGCCAUCUGGUACAUUCCACCAGACAACUUCGAGGAGCUCAAAUUCUAUUCAUUAACCCACUUGGCCGCGAUUUUGAGCAUGGAGCUGGGUCUUAACCGUCGGCUAUCCGAGACCAGGCGGAGUUUCAACAUGAUUCGUGAGUUGAUCAUCAAAAAGCCCACUGGGCCUGCCUUCGAUCCCGAGGGACCAGAGGCGAGGCGAACCUGGGUCGGAUGUUACUAUUUGGCUGCGCAAAUGUCGGCGGCUUUGAGACGAGUACACCUGGUCACCUGGCAACCGUACAUGGACGAGUGCCUUGAGAUUUUGGAAACUCACCCUGAUGCGCUUCCCUCGGAUCGUAGAUUGAAAUGGUGGGCAAAACUUGGGCUAAUCAUGGAGGAUGCCGGAAAUCACUUCUCCACUGAGGAACCUGGUUCUAUUUCCACUUUUGCGGACAGCAAGGUGUGGUACGAUAUGCAAAUAUUUGAGGACCGAAUUGCGAAGUGGAGAGCGGAAAUCCCGCAAGAUAUCUAUACAGGCCCUAUGAUUCACACAGAACACGUCUUGAACCUGUUCGUGCACGAAUCGGCCAUGAGUGUUAAUUAUAACACCAGUGAUAAUUCUCCUUCUCGCGACAACUUGCACAACUCAUCUAUGGCUGCAGUAAUCGAUGCACUGAAUACGGCCAUCCGCUGCAUCCACCAGAGUAUCGAUGUAAUCUGCAGUAUUGAGAUCGACCGGCUCAUCUCUCUACCGACGACAUCCCUAGCUCGUUCCUCAUACCCCGUGGUCAGUCUGAUCAAGAUAUAUUCGCUCUUCAUGACGCCCGACAGUCGCAUCGGGCAAAUUCUCGAUGUGCAGAGUCUUAAACUAGACUAUUAUCUGGACAAAGUCAUUGCGCAUUAUCGCACAGCCGCAGGGCGCGAUGGUGGUCGUGCGGCCGCCAAAUUCGGUAAUAUCAUGGUUCUGUUGCGCAAUUGGUUUGUCAAAAAGCGAGACCAGGGCGACCAAGGCCGCGAGCUGAAUGAGGUCUUCUCAAAUAACAAAGAAGGAUCCGAUCGCAAAACCAAUAGCCCCACCUCUGCAAAGCCACCAAUGCCGAUGUCACAGUGCAUGACGCCUCUCCAUUUCCUCAGCGAAGUAGCCAUGGGCGACCCAGCCCACCGAGCGAACAACCCCACCACUGCCCGUCAAAUACCCGGACAAAUUUACUCCUCCGCAAGCCCCGGGCCAGCCAAUCCAAUGACAACACCCGGACCAUCCAGUUACGGAGACCCCUCGCUAUCCAACCUCUCAGUAACGAAACCAAGCCCGCAAACCAACUGGUCAUCCGGCCCAUCCUACCCAACCACACUCCCUGGCUCAGAGACAAGAGGUUACUACCAGCCCUUCCCUGCGGGCCCAUCACAAAACUACCCCGAUCUCCAAUCGAGUGUGGCGCCGACCCAGCCGGGAUACCCGGACAUGUCAGGCGCUGGGAUGCAACCUGCGCCGCCGAUGGGAAUGGCGCCCGAGAUGGGCAUGGAUCCUAAUUUCGGCGAUCCUUGGUUCACGCUUGGGAAUAUGAUGGAUGAGGGAUUGUUCACCUUCCCUCUUUCGUUUGACGGGAAUUUUGGGCUUUUCUAG